GUGACUUUAACGAUAUAUACAGGGUUAAAAAAACAAGCCAUGCAAAUGUCUCGUUAGCUUUAGCCAUUAGUUUCAAUCGAGUACUUAAAAAGGACGCAGAGGAUGGAUCAUUAUUAACAUAAUACAGACCAUCAAUAGCAACUUUUUAAAAAACUAAACCUAGUGUAAUGUGCUUUUCUGGCAGUAAAAUCGUAACCUCAUCAACAAUCUAUCAUGAGAUUUGACUUUACAAGUUCGCAUGUUUAUCGUGACAUAUAAAAGCGCGAAAUAGGAUGUUUGAGCGUUUUUGUCAAUAAAGGAAAUAAAAACACUCGUGAGAAAAUAUUUGAAACUACGACACGACUCCUUAAAAUCCAUCUUCAAAUCGAUGGGGGAUCAAUAAUCACUGAGCCAACAUAAUGACCACGGCGAGAAUCUCUCCUAGAUGUCAUGCAUUAGCUGUACGAGUCCGAUUAGACGUGGUAGGCUGGAGCUCGGUGAAAGCCGUCAUGCAAGUGAAGCUGUGAGCCCAGCGGAGAGCGAGGCUGUUCAGAACUGGGAACUGGUGAAUGGCAAUCUGUUGGUGAACUUACGCGGACGGCUGUCAGACGGCGACACGGGAGCCUUGCGUAAAACAAAGUGGAGCGCCUACAAGUCUGGAGCUAACCAACUCCGUAAAGAGGAUACACAAGUUGGGUCGGACGAACUGCUAAUCACUUGUUACCAGCGCUACGCUGUUAGUAACAUGCCUGCCAUCAAAAAGGAGAGGCUGGAUGGGGAAGAUAUGGCAUUAGCUGCCUUCAACCAUCCCGAAUACCUGGCCCCUUUAAAUGCCACCGCUAUCCCCGUGGUGACCCCUCAUCCUCCGCCGUACGACCACAUUUUCGCCCAUCAUCGCGCUUACUUGGGGCUACACGACACAACGCUGCAUCACCAGAGCCUCCACCAUCACCCGGACGACUUAAUGCUGGAGAGAUUCUCCUCCAUCCCGGACUUUCAGCCGUUUUUUGACAACGGGGAACCGUGUAUCGAAGUGGAAUGCGGGGAGAACAAGGCAUUACUCUAUAUUAACAAACUGUGUCAGGGCAGUAAGGGACCCUCAAUCAAAUAUCGGGGUGAGUGGCUAACCCCGAACGAGUUCCAGUUUGUGAGUGGACGGGAGACUGCAAAAGACUGGAAACGAAGUAUCAGACACAAAGGGAAGAGCUUGAAGACCCUUAUGUCCAAAGGAAUCUUACAGGUACACCCUCCAAUCUGUGAUUGCCCUGGCUGUCGGAUUUCAUCUCCAGUGAACCGUGGGCGUUUGGCAGAGAAGCGCACCGUCCCCCUCCCCCCAACCCGCAUCCCCAAGAAGGAGUUGGCCUCCAUCUUCAGCAGCGACGAUAGCGAGGGCAGCGAGCGUGCCAGCGGAGACCAUGCCGACAUCAAGCAGGAGGAUGACCUGCACUACAGUAUCAUGAGAAAGAGUCGUGACAGUGACCUCUCAACGAUCAUCUCCAACCUGCACAACACCCGACAGCACGGCAUGCCCGAGGGCCAGCCCUGCGCCGACAUCAACAACCUUGGCCCCGGACAGGCAGAUGACAUUUUAGGCAAGAGGAGAGCAUAUUCACCCAACAGCAGCAGCGAGUGCCCUUCCGAGAGCAAGAAGUCCCGAAGUGUGUCUCCCAAAGAGAACUCACACACCCCUGUGUUGGAGCCGGGAAGUCACAUGACCCCCGAGGAGCACUACCGGCGGAUGAUGUCAGCGCUCAACGAGCACGGCUCUUACGAGGAGCAGCAGCAACGCCUCUACCAGCUGGCCAACAACAUGGGCGUCCACAGCCACGGAGAGCUGCUGCGGGUGCGUCAGGAGGCCAUGGCCGCCGUGAGGAACCCCGGGGCGAUGGAGGCCCACCUGCCCUCCGCAGGCAGCUCCUCCAGCCAGCGCCGCAAGCAGGGUCUGCCCCAGCACCGCGACGCCCACUUCAGCGAGAGAGAGAUGUCCCAUCCUCCCCCGCUGCUGUCCCCUCAGAACGCCCCGCACAUCGCCUUGGGCCCUCACCUUCGACCUCCAUUCCUGGGGAUGCCCUCUGCACUCUGCCAAGCGCCAGGCUACGGCUUCCUCCAGCCAGCCCAGGCUGAGAUGUUCGCACGUCAGCAGGAGAUGCUGCGCAAACAGAACCUGGCCAGGUUAGAGAUGUCCGCAGAGCUGCUGCGUCAGAAGGAGCUGGAGAACCUGCACCGGCAGCGGCUGCUGUCCGACCCGCUGGGUCUGCACGCGGGCCUCCCGCCCGAGCACCCGGCGCUGCGCAGCCUGCAGGACAUCCCCGAGGGCCACCCGCUGCGCGAGGAGCUGAGCCGCCGCAGCGCCAUGCUGGUGCUCCGCCACAGCAACACGCCGCUGCUCUCGCUCAACCACCAGGGGGCGGCAGGCUCGCAGCAGCAGCAGGCCCACACGCCCUCCAAGGAGUCCUCGUCGGCGUCCGCCGCCGCUUCAGCCGCCGCCGCCGCCGCCGCCGCCCGGAAGAGCGCCCGGAAGAGCGUGCUGGGGCUCCGGGGCGAGCUGGCCGGGGGGUCGUUCGACGGGAAGGAGGGAGGCCACGGGGCCGAGGGCCGCCGGAGGGACGUGGACACGGACGGCGGCGACGAGGAGAUGAAGGACUCGGACAGCGACGGCGAGGACGAGCGGCUGGAGAGGGGCAGCGGCGGCGGCGGCAGGAAGUCGUCUGACCACGGCCACGGCCACCACGGGCUCGGGAACUCGGACGGUUGCCACCACCCGGGCAAGGACGGAGGGAAGUCGGGCGAGGCGGGCAUGAAGGAGCUGGGCGAGAGCUCGGGACGUCUCAGCGCCCCCUGCAGCUCGGUCGGCACCGAGUCGCCCAACCACCACCUCUACCCGGGCCUGGGCAAGAGCGAGGCCAAGUACCUGCCCGCCGGAGUCAUGCCCCCGCUGCCAGCGCUGCCAGGCCACACGCUGCCCUUCGGCUUUCCCUACGCCAACCCCUACUUCCACUCGGGCGCCAUGGGAGGUCUGUUCCUGGACGGGGAGGAGGCCGUGCCGCUGGAGGACAUCAGCAAGUGGACGGUGGAGGAGGUGUGCAGCUUCGUGGGCAGCCUUCCGGGCUGUGCCGAGUACACGCAGGUGUUCAGAGAGCAGGCCAUCGACGGAGAGACUCUGCCCCUGCUGACCGAGGAGCACCUGCUCAACAACAUGGGCCUAAAGCUGGGCCCCGCCCUUAAGAUCCGCUCACAGGUGGCACGGCGCAUUGGCAGGAUAUUCUACAUGACCAGCUUCCCGCUGGCUCCGCUGCCGCCAUCUGCACUGCGCCCCCACCGGGACCCCCUGCCCAUGGAGACGCGGCCCCCCUCCGCCGGCAGCACCUCCUCCCCCUACAGCGGCCCCGCGGCCGGCCGCGCCUCCCCCAAGCAGGAGAACGGAAGCGCGGCCUCGGCGGGAGCCUACGACUCCUCCAGCACCAAGCCCCCCUCGUAGAAGUGACCGCUAACCGCCCUCCCUCCCUCCCUCCAGCCUGCGCCCCCCCCCCCCAACAACCCCCCACCUCCCCUCUACUCUUUCCUGGCAGUGGCUGUGUGUAGAAGC